AUGACCUGCAACACCAUAGUCAAGUCCUUUGAGCUCGAGCGUGGAUCAAAUGAGUUCGUGUCGGUGACGACGCCCCCGCCAGCGACCGUCUGGAAGCCCCAUGAGGAGGACGACGCGAGCUCAAACCGCCCUAAACGAUGGCUGCGGUUACUGAACGAAUACCGUGUGGCCGAGUACGGCUCUACACUUAUCAUGCUCCUCGUCGCCAAGUCCUUCACGCUGAUGGCCGUCAACGACCGUCCAAUUCCGAAAAUCGAGAUCCGACUGAACUCCACUACGAUACUUUAUGCACGGGACCCGACGGUGGACGAGAAGAAGCUGUACGAACAAGUGCCAAUGUGGUCUUUGAUUGUGUUUGGCAUCGGCAUUCCGAUCCUAACCAAUCUGCUGCUAAAUUUCGUGCUCCCCAAGUUUCGUAACAUCCGUGUGAUUCCUCACGACGUCCGCGACUUCCUCUUGAGUCUUGCUCAAGGCGUAACGAUGUCCACGUUGCUCACGCAGUUUACGAAGCACGUAACGGGUCGUUUCCGUCCAAGCUUUUACGAUAUGUGUGGAUGGGACUACGACGCGGUGUGGGACGGAGUGACGAACCUGUGUACGGAUGCUGCUGGGGAGAAAGAGGGUCGUAAGAGCUUCCCAUCCGGCCACGCCUCCUUCGCCUGGGUGACGAUGCUCCUGCUCACGCUUUACUUGCUUGGACGCUCGAGACUUAACUGCUCACAGCGCAGCGAGUCGGCGAUGCGAGGCGGAAUGAAAGCACUGAAGCUGUUUCUUUGCUUUGUUCCCUGCUUAGCAGCGUCGUGGGUCGCCAUUACUCGGUCAAUUGAUAACUGGCAUCACUACAGUGACAUUGUGGCGGGCAGCAUCAUUGGUGCCAUCUCUGCUUGCCUCGCCUACAGCUACAACUAUGGGUCUAUUUUCUGCUGGAAGUACGCUGGCAUGCCAUGUGAAGCAAUCCACGAGAAACUCAAGGUACGAUUACAGCUUUAA